AUGUCUUUUCAGUCAAAUAAAAAUAAAACUUUCCAAAAAAAAACAUUAUCCGCCUUUUCAACUGAUGCAACAACAUCUAAAAAAAGAAAAAUAAGCGAAGAUGAAGACAUGAAAGAAAAAAUUACACCAAUAACAGAUUUUGAAGAUAAUAGAUCACGAUCUUCUGAUUCUAAAAGAGAAAAAAAAAUAUCAAGAAGGAGCAAACAUUCAUCAAAUAAUGAUAAGAUGUCUAUUGACGAUGAUAAUGGUGAUGGUGGAUUAACAGCUAGUGGCGAUGUUAUUAAAUUCGGAUUAAUCGUUACAAAGACAACAACAUCAUCAUCAGACAAAUCAAAUCAGCUUGACAGAUUAAAAGAAGAACUUUCAAUUGGAUAUUUAAGAGACAGAAUCACUAAUACUGGUCAUCAUCAAUAUCAAUUAGAAAGUAAUAAAGAACAAGUUUCUGCUUUGGAAACUUUUAAAAAUCAAAUUCAAAGUUGUCCUGAUGAGAAAGAAAUUGAUUAUGAAAGCAUUAACGUAGAAGAAUAUGGGCUUAAUAUGCUAAAAAAUAUGGGAUGGAAACCAGGAAUGGCAAUUGGAAGAAAUCAGAAUGUCAAAUUAAAAGAUAUACAAGAACCAAAACCACGUCCUACACAUUUAGGAUUAGGCGCAAAUAUUUUACCAACUAAAAAAAAGACAUAG